AUGGCGACAGUUGGCCUCGCUCGACGCUCCCAUCGAAAGUCAAGAACAGGUUGCUUGCAAUGCAAACAGAGAAAAGUCAAGUGCGAUGAACACAAACCAAGUUGUCGUAACUGUACAAGACGCGAUGUGCGAUGUGCCUUCGCCGAACUUCCACGUCCAAUUCAAUCCAGCCAUGCAGUGCCUACUGUGCCUGCGAGGCUUGAUAUUAUACGCGAAAGUGACAGCCCAGCUACCUCUCUCACAUCUUCAGAUCGCAACCAAGAAUCUGGCUCGCAACUUCCCAUGAAAUCUAGCCAUGCAAGCUUAGACAUCUUUGACAUGGAACUCUUGCAUCAUUAUAUGACGACCACUUCUUAUACCUUGUCUCGGGCCCCGGCUGUCCAAGAAGUCUGGCGUGAUGAGGUCCCUCGUAUUGCAUUCAAUAUGCCGGGUGUAUUGCAUGCCAUGCUAGCCGUCUCGGCCCUACACCUUGCCUGUUCGGAUCCAUCUCGGACAACAAGCUGCAUUGCCCGAGCGCAUUUGCAUCACAACGCCGCAGUCCAGGAUGUGACGCCGAAUGUUCAAUCUCUCGCCUCCGAUAAUAGUGCCGGGUUGUUCAUAUUUUCGUCACUGACCUGCAUAUUUGCAUGCGCCAACGCCCAAUCCACCUUCCUUGUUUUGUUUGAACACGGCCAUCUUUCUGAAUGGGCCCUCCUUUUCCGCGGAGCUAAAACAGUUAUGGACUAUACUAGUCAAGAUUUCCAUGAGGGGCGACUAGGUCCGAUGUUCAUGCACGGUACUAACAUAUCGAUGACUCGCCGAAGCGCCGAAGCACUCCAACAGGGUCAGAUUUAUGUCCGAGAGCUGAAACAAAUGAUCUCCCGUGAGUGUUUGCACGACCUUAAACUCAGUCAUGUGUAUGAAGAGACACUGGAGGGGUUAGCCAGGACAUUAGGCGUGGCUAUGAAACCCAUUGAGGGGCGGAUGCUCCAAACCUCUGAUGUAUUUGCUUGGUUGCUUGAGGUACCAAACACCUACCUUGAACUGCUACGGCAAGAGGCACCUGUCGCAAUCGUCAUCUUUGGAUACUUCUGUGUGGCAUUAUGGAAGAUUGAAUCAAUGUGGUGGAUGAAAGGACUGAGCAGUCGGCUUAUGACACAGUUAAAUUCUGUGUUGAGUGAAGAUUACCGAGGCUGGUUGCAGUGGCCAAAAGAUCAGAUUGGUUGGACUUUGCCCAGAUCCGUAUAA